AUGAAGCACAGUCUUGAAUUGCACAGUGACGUGCUAACUCCACGAGAAUUGAGCCUGAUAUCUGUAGUGUUUGACACAAUAGUCCAACGAUCAGGUGUCGUGCUGGGGAGUUUACCCGAGUGGUUUGCGAUCUCCGCCGAGAAAUGGGACAAAGCGCAUGUAUCCAAGAUCCCGGAAGGGGAAGAGAAAUGCCUAAGGACUGCGGCCGCGUGGAUCGAGUUAAACCACCCAAACAUUCGGAAGCUGUUUGGUGCGUGCCAUGUAAUCCACGCCGCUCAUGUGACACUCAUGCCUUAUGUUCAGGGGAAACCUCGGCGCAAGGUUUGGGAGGGUAUAUACGAAGCUACUCUCGGUCUCAAGUACGUCAACGAGCGAGGAACUGUCCACGGUGACCUCGAGGUCCGGGGGUGUGAACACGGCGCCAAGUUAUGA